AUGGUCCAGGACUGCCCACGAAAUCCCGUUAUAAACCCUAGACCAGAUUUGGGGUGCCAUUUCGAAUUUCAAAUUCUCGUUCUCAAGCUCCAGGCUUGCAACUACCCAUCUCGGAAAAAAAGCAUGGAAAAUUUGGCACUGGAAAAGACCUCUAAAGAAAUGUCAAAAAGCAUGGAAGGUUCUAUUGAGACUGAUCGCCUUGAAGGUGAUUUUUCGUCUCCAACUCCGGUAAAGACAAAAGAACCAUCACGUGUUAAGAGCAAGGAAGAGUUGGCGAAAUUUCCAGAAAAGUAUGAGAUGUUAUUGGAAUUCUUUGAGCGAAUGACGAGUUCAUUGAGGUUGCUAUGUCUCCGUAAACGGAUCCCAACUUUUCGGAAUGUCCAAACUCAAGUGGAAAUUCUGACGGGAAGGAAAUUCCUGCUCACACAUCUUGCACAAAUGAAAUUUAUACUUCCUGAAGCAGUUGAAAUUGAGAAGAUUCUCAUACAUGAUGAGAAAACCAAGUGCAUGAAGCCAGAUAUGAAGAUCGCAUUGCUUUUACAUGUUGUAAAAGAUCAUAAUGAAGAAUCCUCAUAUAUAGCUCUGGGAAAGGUUUUCUUUUCCAGGCUACGGGAGUUUUACAUAUCACAUCCUGAGGGUAUUGAUGUACCUGAAGCUGCACUACCAGAGCCAUUCAACCAUAAAACUAUCAACAUCAAGACAGACUUGUUAUCUGAGAACCUGACUUCUUCUUCUGAGGCAACGAUAUUAAAUCUGUCUCAUUUUCCGCCUUCUUUCAAAAGGCGGUUUCAUACAGAGGCUGCUGCUGUGUCCCUUGAGGCAACUGAUAUAUCUUCACCUUUGACAUCUGGUUUUGAGGCUAAUAGAGGGAUUAAUGAAGAUAAAUCCGGUUGUGAGGCUAAUGGAGAGAUUGCUGAAGAGGUUGAAACACUAAAAUCACUUCCUAAUUCUUCAUCCUCUGUAUCUGUAGAGGAGAGUACUCCUGUAAAGCUCUUACUAGGGAGUGAUAGUGUUUCUGUUGAAACCCCUGUACUGUCUACUCCUAUGAGAUUGAUUUCACCAACUCGUGCUGUGCUCACCUGUGAGGAUGAGGACAAGAUGGCAGGAAGCCAAACAGGGAAGCAGUCCACUUCAAGUGCUAAGAAAUCUUUAGAUUUUUAUGGCAUGGACAAUGAAGAUGCUGGCUUCUCCAACAAGCAAAGCACUGUUUGCCUUUCCGAGUUUGUUUGUUUGGUUCACGAAAUAUUUCGAGCUGUCAACUUUUGUCCGAUCACGAAGGAAGAACUUGUUCAGAAGAUUAUUAUGGACAGUUUCGAGUUUGAUAACCGCUAUGAGGUUGAAAUGCACAUGGAGGGCCUCGAGAAGCUGGUUCCCGAUUGGUUUUGUAAGACAUUGGCACGUAGUGGUGACCUUUUGUACAGCGUGAAGAAAGUUUCAGAUCUGAAGUCCAUUCGUGAAAGAGUUAAUGUCAUGUGA